AACCCUGUCAAUCACUUAAUGUCGUUAAAAAUUUCAGGUGCGAAUGGUAAUAUGACAAUUUCUGGGGAAGAGAUUGUACGAUCAGUGGAUUUCCUGAACGAAAACUUCGAGUUUUUGAAUCUCGCAAAAUUCGGACCUAUUGAGGACGUAAAAAUUGUCAUUGUUCAUAACCGUCCAAACUACCUUGCUUACCUCAUCGAUUCUCUGCGCCACACUAAAGGCAUUGACGAAGCUUUGUUAAUAUUUAGCCAUGAUAUUAAUGUGGCACCAGUGAAUGAAAUGAUAAGAAACAUCACUUUUGCCCGGGUCCUACAGAUUUAUUAUCCCUAUAAUAUGCAAAUUUUCCCCCAUGUUUUUCCUGGACAAGAUCCCAAGGAUUGUGCUGAGAAAAUGGGAAAGAAUUCAGCGGUAUCCGCCAAGUGCAAAAAUGCUCAAUAUCCGGACAAAUAUGGCAACUAUAGAGUGGCAAAGAUUACCCAAGUCAAACAUCAUUGGUGGUGGAAGAUGAACUACGUAUUCGAUGGAGUUUUCGAUCGGUACGGUCUUUCUGAUGCAUGGGUGCUUUUGCUUGAAGAAGAUCACUAUGUAGUUCCAGAUGCCCUGCACGUUCUGCACAACAUUAUACAGAAUAGGGAAUCAUAUUGCGAAAAGUGUGAAAUUAUCUCACUGGGAUUCUACCUCAAAUCCUUCUCUUCAUACGGGACAAAUAUUGCAAAGCUUGGAGCGCAUCCUUGGUACAGCUCCAAGCACAACAUGGGCAUGGCGUUUCGACGGGAAACCUGGAUGAAAGUAAAAAAAUGUGCUGAACUGUUCUGUAAAUAUGACGACUAUAACUGGGACUGGUCGCUGAUGCAGGUUGUUGUUCGAUGUCUACCGCAACGUUUUCGGGUGAUAUUUACGAAAAGUCCGAGGGUCAUUCACAUUGGCGACUGUGGCCUUCACACACACAGAUGUAAUGCCCACGAUACGUACACGUCAACUCGUGCGCUGCUGGCGAAGCAUGCGAAGUCCUUCUUCCCAGCGCAGCUCACAGUUACCGAUGUAUCCUUACGGUCUCCAAAGCCUUCGAAGGAAAAUGGCGGAUGGGGAGACAUACGUGAUCACGCGUUGUGCCUUGCAAAUACGUUCCCAUUGAAUAAGACUGCUCAUGUAAUACCUGAACUACAAGAAUUAAUGCAGUCCUCAGUUCACAUCGGUUCUACGACAGGAACGACUGCAAUUUGCUCCCGCUACUGA